ACAGCAGAGUUCCUCCACAUAGUCACCAUUUGUGCCAAGAUCAAUAUAUUCUAGUAUAACAGUACCGCACUACUGUCUGAAGGGUAAAGGGACUGAUGCUCAAAUUUUGAACACAGCACGGACUCACAGUAGUUGUUAUGUGAUCGUAUGUGGACAUUCCUUUUUGACGAUGGCUUGCAGUGAACGGGUUGUGAGGAAAUUUAACAUAGUUAACCUGCAUAAAGAAGACUCUCCAGGGAUCGAUCUGAAGGUUGUGCUGUACGUGCCACAAGGACCCAGCGCGAACUGUUGUACUAACAGGAAGAAGAGUGAUGAAGAACCAAAAAUUGAGAUUCAGGAAAGAACCUUUUCUGUGAUGGUAGAUGCCCUGGACCGUAGUAACAACAUGGUAACAUAUAAAACAGUGUUCGAACUACAAGAACCUCUUGCCUUACAACCUAAGAAGUCGACAUAUGAGGUCAAACAAGACCGUUGGAACAGAACUGUGAUCACAUUAUUUCUGAAAAGCAGCGAACCUAUGGGCCUAAACUGGAGGAGUUGUGUAAAGAAAAAGUUUUGACAGAACGCCGAUUGGAUAUACAUGUAUGCCGAUUGGAUAUACAUGUAUGUGGUUAAUCUUGAUAACCUAUCUUCAGUGACUACCGACAUCUCAGUUGACAAUUCUGGCAAUGACUUGAAACUAUGAUUAUGUACAACACUAUUUGAAAAUGAUCCCUUUUGUGAACUUGUAAUGGAUAAUGGAUAAUUCACCACUCUUCUAUCGUCGUUUAAGUACAGCAACUUCAUUUGAUAUGUUUCAAUUAAUAAGUCAUUACAUUUGCAUGUGUUGAGUUACCUUUGUGAAGAAAGUAAUCACCACAGGCAUAUGAGAUUGAUCAUUGAAGAUAUGUAAU